AUGAAAAUGAGUAUCACGUUAUUAAGUUUUAAAACUAUGUUAACGGAGGAGUUAGGUAACAGUUUAGAAGAAGAAUUAAAACAAAUGGUGAUUUUGAUAACUACACAAGAAUUUGAAAAAAUAAAGCAGGAACUCAUUUGUUCAUUCGAAGAUUCAAAGUCAUUCUCUUUGGAUGGGACACAAUGGUCCAAAAUAAUUCAAACUUUUGCGAAGAUUGUAAAAGAACUAUUUUCAGAACCCGGAGCGGAAACAAAUACGUCAGCAUUUUCAUCACAACAGGAAAGCAUUCCAAAGACUUUUAGGGAAAUAGUAUACAUGUACAAUAAAACGGUAUGCUCUAAUAAUCAAGGAUACAGUGAUAUAAACAAUGGACUAUCUUUAGAAGAAAGUCAGAGAAGCCCUUCCCAGUUUGAAACAAAAUACUCCACUGAUUUGUCCACAAAUGUUUGCACUGACUUUGAAUGUGAAUAUUUGAAAGUCGGUGUAUCACAUAACCUAUCUGAUGAAAUACUUCUAAAUCAACUUCAAGCUAAACCUAUUCUUAGUAUAUCACAGCAGCCAAGUUUCUUAACGAAGUCAUUUGAAAAUACGGUUAUACUAACACCUGAUGUAAGGCCUACUGACAGAUGCUGUGUCUCCGAAAAUUUGCUACAAACAAUGGGUCCAUUAUGGAAUGAAUAUGCAAAAGAAGUUGAUGAAGAAACUAACAUUCAGUUGGAUAGAAAUUUGCCUAUUAUUGAUGAAAAUGAUGAAAUCUUUACUAAUCUUAUCAAUACAAUUGUAAAAGAUUUCAAUGAGAUGAAAUUUAGCAGUGAUAAUGAAAAUUUUAAAUCCUUUGAUAUACCAAUCCCUGAUGAAAUAGACAUGAAACCAACUUAUGAAACAGCUUGUCAAUUAUUCAAUCAUAAUUCCAAAUCUGUAUUGACAAAUCUUAGUCAAUCAUUUUUAAUGGAUAAAUCAAAAUGGAUUUUACCAAUUUUGAAAUUGCAUACUGAUGAAGAUGAAACUAUGUUUCGAAGGACAAAAACACUGCCAAGUAGUAAACUGGAUGAAUUAUUUAUUCAUGAAGUAAAUAAAUACAAAAAACAAAAUGAAAAAGUUGAAAAUACAUCAGUUGACAAUUUUAAUGAAAAAUAUGAGAAAAUUUUGGCAGAAUUAAAAAAUGAAGAACAAAAAUUCAAUAAGUUAAAACAAAAGUUAAUAAUAUGUCAAUAUAAGUCCAAUGAAGUGGCAUUGUGGAAUACAGGCAAUGAUAUUAUAGUUAAUAAUGACAGUAGUGACUAUGAGUUGUUAAACAAUUGUAAAGAAAAAAUCAAUUUGCUCAAACUUAAUUUGAUGAAUUUAGUUAAUACUUCACCAGUUUGUAGUAUUUACAAAACUGGCAAAGAAAUGCAUAAUCAUCAGUUAAACCAUGUAAACAAUACAAUUCAACAACGAUUUUUUAUAAUAUGGAAUAAAUUAAAAUUUACUGAAAGUGAAAAACAAGAUUGUUUAUUAAAAUUAUGUUGUCAACAUAUUAAUGAUACUAAUUAUAUGAUCAAUAUAAAUAAUGCAUUACAAUUAUUAGAAUAUGCAACAGAUUGUAUUGAACAUCGUGAAAUGUUAUUACAUAAAUUAGCAAAACUAGAAAUUGACUAUUUAAAUCAAUUAAAAGAUUAUAAUUUAAAUGAUAAUCAUUUACAAUUGAAAUGUUCAGAAGAACGUUAUAAAAUUGAUAAGAAAUUUAACAAGUUGGAGAAACUGAUUGAGUCUACUGCCAAACAACUGAAGAAGAAGUUUAAUUAUACUUUGACAUUCAACUCACCAGAUCUAACAAAACAUGAUUCUAUAGGAAGCGUCUCACUCUCAUUCACCUUUAAUACUAAUGCUUAAAUGAUUUAUAUGUGCUUACAAAUGAUCAUGGUGGUAAUAAUUUACUAUGUUAAGAAAUGUUCGCAUGAGCUAAAGAUAAUCAGAACAAAGAACUGAUAAUAGUGCACAACAGCGAAGAAUUUUCGGACAAAAUUCUAGGAAGUUCUAGGAAGAAACCUUCGGAUGUAGAGUCAUCUAAAUUGAUAGUGAGUUUAAAUAUUAGAUGAAGAUUGUCUUAUCACACGUUUUUCAGAUGAAAAAUGUAUAUUACUGAAUACGUACUCUUUAGUUUAAGGAGACUGUAUCUCCCACGAGACCGGAAAGCGCUGGUUUUGAUUCCGUGUAAAUUUCUGACUUACAUAAAAACAGAUCAGUUAGCUAGAAGACAGAUUUUUGAGGGUGAUUUUCAAAGGUCCUGAAGCUUACAUCAUUUGUGAAGGAAGGUACUCUAGCUUACUAAUUUAGAAAACAGUAAAAUAUGAUGCUAAUUUCAUAAAAGUUAUAUCAUUAUCUAUAGAAGAUUCCUAAUGUUACAGCAUCUGAGUUAAAUGAUUUCACUUUGUUUUUCAGGGUCAAAUUUAUCUUACAAAGAUGAUCCAUGAUCGAAGUGAUCUGAUUUAUUUACUGAGAGAAAAGUGCAAAAGUAAACCAGGACAUGAUAGCGCAAUGUAGAAGCUUCAUCCCCAAAAGUACACCAAUAACAUUACUAACGGUGUUUGUUUUAUUUCCUCAAUUUAUAUGGAAUUCGGUGAACGGUAA